AUGGUUGCCCACAGUGGAGCUCGUUUGAUCGCAAUAGUCAAAGAAAGCGAAGAGAUAUUAGCAUCUAAAUCUGAAAUGGCUCGACUUCAGAAAGAAUAUCGCAAAGCAGGCAUGGACAUCACUAUAAUUACCACCCAUCUGAUGUACAAGGCUCGCAAUAAGAAAACAAAAUGGACUGUGGUUAUGGACGACGACACAUUCUUCCCUUCCAUGCGUGGGCUACUAGACGAGCUUGCCCUUCACGACCAUACGCAGCCUCAAUACAUCGGCGGACUGUCCGAGAAUUGGGCAGCGGUGAGAAUGUACAGGAUUGAUGGCAUUUGGAGGGGGCUGGCGUCUUUCCUCUCCACGCCACUGGCAAAGAUCAUCCAUGAGAACAUGAGGAGUGUAAAAAAUAACAUGCGAUUUACUUCCGGGGAUACGCUGCUGGACUUUCCACAAAUCGAUUUCAUGGGAGAUCAUUCUGGAUUUUAUGAGAAUGGAAGAAAGGUAUUAUCUUUACAUCAUUGGAAAGCAGGAUCGGCGACCAAAUAUCCCUAUGAGAUGGAUAAGAUGCAUCUAGUAUCAGAUCGUUGGCAAUUUGAUAACGAUAUCGUCCUUACCAAUGGGUUCAGCAUCGCGAAAUAUCCCAAGGGGGUCGUUGGAGCGAGGGGCAAAGAUGUCGACUUGAGGAGAACAGAAGUGACUUGGGAUGACAAAAAUCUCGAUGUUGAACAUAGUCUGUCACCAACACGGCCAGAAUUGAACGAGGCACAGAAAAUUAGCUGGAAAUUUCUGGAUAGCUAUUUGGUCGAUACACAUGUGGUUCGACAGGUGUAUUUGAGAAAGGGACUCACAGGAGGUGGAGAUGAAGUUCUGGUUUUGAAUUGGAGACAAGCGAGAAAAAGCCACAGUGCAGGAGGAACUGAAACCAGACAUUAA